CUUUUUCAGUUUUUAACCUUUCUCCAAAAAAGUGGGGUUCUUCUGGAAUCUCAAGCAUUGCAUUGGUUGCCCUUCUGGGUUGAGUCUCUUAUCUGCUUUUUCAAGGGAUUCAUAUCAGGCCUAACCUUGCUGCCAGACUGCACCUAGCCUUUUUGGACUCUAUCUUCCUAAGGGGCACAUGUUUAGCUUUAAUCUCAAGUUACUGGCCUCUGUAUAGGCAGCGGAUUCUAGUUCAUGAAGCAGGCUACCCCCUUGUUGUGCAACCCAUAACUUAUGGUUUGCCCAAUUCAUGGAGUGAUUUUGGAUCCAAUUGCUGCAAUGCAGAUGGGCAUCCAAGGGCAGGUAGUGAUUAUGAAUUUUUUUUAAUUACAUUUUUCUCUAAGUAUUUUUGUGAAGUAAAUCAAUCUGCAUGAUGUAUGCUGUUUGAUUCUUAAGCAAUAUAAUCUCUUGUUGACAACUUUAGUUUAUGGAAGUUAUUAAGGCCCAGACCCAGCAUUUGUCUACUGGCUGGAACUCAGUUUUGGGAUGAGAAAAUGAGUAAUGAGCUGGCUGAAGGACGAUUGAGUGGCUCUACCUUUGACAGGUUGGUGUCACUAGGUGGUGUCUCUGAUGUUUGAUGCUGCCUAAAGAUUUAGAUAUUCUUGCCUUAAAUGCAAGUUUAGCAUCCAAAUUAUAUUUAUUUCAUUUACUAUUUGAAAAAUUGGUAGAGUUACAGAUUGUUAUUCAUCAUGUCUUCGACGGUCAGUUUUCAGAUAUACUGACUUCAAACUCUAAGAAAGUUUCCCUGACCUAAAUUCUUGUUUCUGAUUCUCGUUCCUUCUAGGUCAUAAGGUCUAUAAUUCCAUUAGUUUCUAAUUAUGAUCACUGUUAUUUCAAGUGGAAUAAAUCUGUCUAAACAGGAGUUAAAAUAAACUAUUCUUCUAGGCAAUCUGCAGAAGUGCAUUGCAUGUUCUUCUCUCUUAAGGCUGUUAGUAAAUACGUCAUUAGCAAAAAUGCAUAUCAGGAAUAUUUUUCUACUAGUAUUGAUUAUAGUGAUGCAUGAUUAUAUGAUCAGGUACUGCAUGGUCCUUUUUGCUGGUAUUGCUGCUGAAGCUCUGGUUUAUGGUGAGGCUGAGGGUGGAGAGAAUGAUGAAAACAUGUUUCACAGCAUCUGUGUCCUUCUGCAACUGCCAUUGUCUGUAGCUCAGUAAAUCUGCAACUAUCUAUUUUCAUGCCUUUACUCCAUUAAUAGGUACUAAUUAUCCUCACCUAGAGAGAGAAAAGAUGCUAAUUACUGGUUUUCAUUACCUUGAGAAGAUUUCAAAUCAAGCUAGGUGGUCUGUUCUACAGUCUUUCAACAUGCUUAAAUGGCACAGGCAUGCUGAUCGAGCUACUGUCAGAGCUUUGGAAAGUGGUGGUAGUCUUAGUAUUGUAAUUAGGAGGAUUGAGCAAGCCAUGUCUUCUGGCAGAUGAUGUGCAGAAGAACAUAAACAUGCUUGUUUCUGUGGUCCAAUGAAGUUCAAGAGUUAAAUGUUCUAUAUGCACCUAUAGGAAGGCUUAGAUAACCAUCGUCUGUUCUUGUAUGGCUGGGCAUGGUGAACUGAGGCAUGGAAGCUCUGAAGCGUUACUCUGAUUAUUGUUCUCUACUCUUUUCCGUACUAAAGUAAAGACUAAUUGCAUGUGUCAUCACUUAUGAGAAAGAUUUUCCUCAAAUGAUAGGUUUCUUAGAAGGAGAAUGAAUGAUUCAACUUUUUUGAAGUUACCAAGAUAUGUCCUAACAGGCCACGGUGGGCGGUGGGCACAUCGAGGAAGUAACAAAUUUUGGAUCAAGCCUACCAUUUUUGACAUAUGUAGUCUAAAGAGAUGGUUCCUCUUGGUAUCUUUGCUGCAUUUAGACCACAAAUGUGAGCCAAGUUUCUCGUGUUCUCAUCUUUUUGUAAACAUUUUAGGAUCAGAGUGCCAUUUUUUCCAACGCUGUUUUGGUUGAAUGAAUGUUUGGUUUUGAGCCAUGGCCCCUUGAUUGUACCCCUAACUAAUUUGAUUAUGGUUUAAGCUUUUGCCCCAAUCAAGAUGUCUCCAUAUUCUCUUAGAACAAAAGACUACAACAUUUUGCACAUGCGCUUUAUUUGUAAAAGUUGUCAUUUUUUGGCUAAAUUUGUAUAUGUUCUCAUUAUUUUCCAAUAAAUGACAUUUGGUGGG